AUGCCGCUAUCACUGACCACAAUUCCUCUCGAGAUCUUGAGCGAAAUUUGCUUAUGGCUAGAUGGCAAGAGUCUGAAACGUCUCCGGUCAACUGGGGAGCUCCUUGGAGAAGUGGGCCGCCAACACAUUUUCCGAAGAGUUCAUGCCCCUCUUGAACUGAAGCACCACAAACUCAUGAAUAUGCUUUCAGUCAAAUUCCUUAAUCUCACCGUUAGAUCAGUCGUCUUUUCGAAAAUACAAUAUCCAGGCGAUGGCGCGCCCACAUACAUACAAGGGCGGUUAUCCGAUCGACAAAGCCCGGAUGCAGCUUCGGAAACGGUGAAAAGGGACCUCCAGGAAUUUAUCUCUAGGCUUAAGAAUCUGGAAGAAGUUACAUUUCUGUAUGGAAAUCCUAAUUCAGAGCCCACAAAAUCACCACGGGAAUUCAAUAAUCCAGGGCAUAUCAAAGAGCCGCUGCCAUUCAUAGAGGGGGAUGGCGGCUUGGACUCGUCACAUAUCGACGCCCCGAGGGAGUAUGAAAAUCCAGAGGACUGGGUAACUGGUUAUUACCACGCCGAAAGAAGCAAUUAUGGCCAUGAUGAAUUCACAACUAUUCAUAAUGCCCUUACCACAUCGAACGCAAAAAUCCGGCUCCUCCGCAUAAGAAACCUCGGGUCCUCCUUCUUUACUCCUUCUAAGAAUAUUAGUUUUGAAAGUUGGAGCCUGUUGACACGUCUUGAGCUUUCUCUCGUGGAUGAUUUCGUGGAUGGCGAACAUGCUGAAGUAUCACUUCAGAAGGGCCUCAAGCUGAUUCUACAAAACUUCGAGCAACUUCGCUACCUUCGAAUUUCUUGGGACACACAUGCGGUUAUACCCUUUGAUUCAGUGCUAGAGAGUUCCUUUAUAUGGCCUCAUCUUGAGGCAUUAUGCCUUGGAGGAUUUUCUUCAACAGAAGAAGGCUUGAAAAUCAUGAUAGCAGGCAAUAUUAUGUCUCAAGUUGGAAGUCUGUGCCGGCUUUUUCGUCACAGGUAA